GAGAUUUGAUUCCCUUGGCGGGCGGAAGCGGCCACAACCUGGAGAUCGAAAAGCUUCCUAGGAACGCUGUACCAGCCGCUUCUCUCAGAACAGCAGGCCCCUGUCCUUCUGUCGGGCGCCUCCCCUCAGUGCCCUCCGUCCCUCAGGUUCUUUUUCUAAUUCCAAAUAAACUUGCAAGAGGACUAUGAAAGAUUAUGAUGAACUUCUCAAAUAUUAUGAAUUACAUGAAACUAUUGGGACAGAGUGAUUUGCCCCGGAUCAAAACGGAGAUUGAGGCCUUGAAGAACCUGAGACAUCAGCAUAUAUGUCAACUCUACCAUGUGCUCGAGACAGCCAACAAAAUAUUCAUGGUUCUUGAGUACUGCCCUGGAGGAGAGCUGUUUGACUAUAUAAUUUCCCAGGAUCGCCUGUCAGAAGAGGAGACCCGGGUUGUCUUCCGUCAGAUAGUAUCUGCUGUUGCUUAUGUGCAUAGCCAGGGCUAUGCUCACAGGGACCUCAAGCCAGAAAAUUUGCUGUUUGAUGAAUAUCAUAAAUUAAAGCUGAUUGACUUUGGUCUCUGUGCAAAACCCAAGGGUAACAAGGAUUACCAUCUACAGACAUGCUGUGGGAGUCUGGCUUAUGCAGCACCUGAAUUAAUACAAGGCAAAUCAUAUCUUGGAUCAGAGACGGAGUUUCGCUCUUGUUGACCAGGCUGGAGUGCAAUGGUGUGAUCUUGGCUCACUGCAACCUCUGCCUCCCGAGUUCAAGCGAUUCUCCUGCCUCAGCCUCCCGAAUUGCUGGAAUUAUAGGCAGAUGUUUGGAGCAUGGGCAUACUGUUAUAUGUUCUUAUGUGUGGAUUUCUACCAUUUGAUGAUGAUAAUGUAAUGGCUUUAUACAAGAAGAUUAUGAGAGGAAAAUAUGAUGUUCCCAAGUGGCUCUCUCCCAGUAGCAUUCUGCUGCUUCAACAAAUGCUGCAGGUGGACCCAAAGAAACGGAUUUCUAUGAAAAAUCUAUUGAACCAUCCCUGGAUCAUGCAAGAUUACAACUAUCCUGUUGAGUGGCAAAGCAAGAAUCCUUUUAUUCACCUCGAUGAUGAUUGCAUAACAGAACUUUCUGUACAUCACAGAAACAACAGGCAAACAAUGGAGGAUUUAAUUUCACUGUGGCAGUAUGAUCACCUCACAGCUACCUAUCUUCUGCUUCUAGCCAAGAAGGCUCGGGGAAAACCAGUUCGAUUAAGGCUUUCUUCUUUCUCUUGUGGACAAGCCAGUGCUACCCCAUUCACAGACAUCAAGUCAAAUAAUCGGAGUCUGGAAGAUGUGACCACAAGUGAUAAAAAUUAUGUGGCGGGAUUAAUAGACUAUGAUUGGUGUGAAGAUAAUUUAUCAACAGGUGCUGCUACUCCCCAAACAUCACAGUUUACCAAGUACUGGACAGAAUCAAAUGGGGUGGAAUCUAAAUCAUUAACUCCAGCCUUAUGCAGAACACCUGCAAAUAAAUUAAAGAACAAAGAAAAUAUAUAUACUCCUAAGUCUGCUGUAAAGAAUGAAGAGUACUUUAUGUUUCCUGAGCCAAAGACUCCAGUUAAUAAGAACCAGCAUAAGAGAGAAAUACUCACUACGCCAAAUCGUUACACUACACCCUCAAAAGCUAGAAACCAGUGCCUGAAAGAAACUCCAAUUAAAAUACCAGUAAAUUCAACAGGAACAGACAAGUUAAUGACAGGUGUUAUUAGCCCUGAGAGGCGGUGCCGCUCAGUGGAACUGGAUCUCAACCAAGCACAUAUGGAGGAGACUCCAAAAAGAAAGGGAGCCAAAGUGUUUGGGAGCCUUGAAAGGGGAUUGGAUAAGGUUAUCACUGUACUCACCAGGAGCAAAAGGAAGGGCUCUGCCAGAGACGGGCCCAGAAGACUAAAGCUUCACUAUAAUGUGACUACAACUAGAUUAGUGAAUCCAGAUCAACUGUUGAAUGAAAUAAUGUCUAUUCUUCCAAAGAAGCAUGUUGACUUUGUACAAAAGGGUUAUACACUGAAGUGUCAAACACAGUCAGAUUUUGGGAAAGUGACAAUGCAAUUUGAACUAGAAGUGUGCCAGCUUCAAAAACCGGAUGUGGUGGGUAUCAGGAGGCAGCGGCUUAAGGGCGAUGCCUGGGUUUACAAAAGAUUAGUGGAAGACAUCCUAUCUAGCUGCAAGGUAUAAUUGAUGGAUUGUUCCAUUCUGCCGGAUGAGUGUGGGUGUGAUACAGCCUACAUAAAGACUGUCAUGAUCGCUUUGAUUUUAAAGUUCAUUGGAACUACCAACUUGUUUCUAAAGAGCUAUCUUAAGACCAAUAUCUCUUUGUUUUUAAACAAAAGACAUUAUUUUGUGGAUGAAUCUAAGUCAAGCCCAUCUGUCAUUAUCUGUUACUGUCUUUUUUAAUCAUGUGGUUUUGUAUAUUAAUAAUUGUUGACUUUCUUAGAUUCACUUCCAUAUGUGAAUGUAAGCUCUUAACUAUGUCUCUUUAAUGUGUAAUUUCUUUCUGAAAUAAAACCAUUUGUGAAUAUAG